GCGGCGACGUUUACGCCGCUCUCUAGCGGCAGUUCGCACAACAACAAUUUAUAACUGAGCAUCGACACUGACAAACUGUAAUCGACAUUAAACUGACAUUUCGCAGUUAAGAGUUAAACCUAAGGAAUUUAUGUUAGAAACAUUAAAACGUCCUAAUAACAGACAACUUCCGGGUCACUAAGUUUCACGCUUGUUGCCUUUGUAUUGCGCUUCUGUGACGCUGCAGACCUGCUCACAAACAUGGCAGGCAAAGCCGGGAGACAGAGUCGCUCCAGAAAGGCGGAUAAGGACGAAGAGGAGCAUCCGCUGCAGGCUGUUCUUGUCGCAGACAGCUUCAACCGCAGGUUUUUCCCCAUCACCAAAGACCAGCCGCGGGCUCUUCUUCCUCUGGCUAAUGUCUCCAUGAUUGACUACACGUUAGAGUUCCUGACCUCGACUGGAGUGCAAGAGACGUUCGUCUUCUGCUGCUGGAUGUCCAGCAAAAUAAAGGAACACUUACAGAAGUCCAAAUGGUGUCGCCCCACAUCUCCAAACGUGGUGCACGUGAUCACCUCUGACCUGUACCGCUCUCUCGGGGAUGUGUUGAGGGACGUGGACGCCAAAGCUCUCGUCCGCUCGGACUUUCUGCUGGUGUAUGGAGACGUGGUGUCCAACAUCGAUGUUUCCCAGGCUUUACAGGAACACAAACAGCGGCGCAAUAUGGAUAAGAACGUGUCUGUGAUGACCAUGAUCUUCAAAGAGUCUCCUCCCGGUCACAAGACUCGCUGUGAAGAAGAUGACAUCAUAGUGGCUAUAGACGGCAAGAGCAAGCGCAUUCUUCAUUACCAGAGAGCACAGGCCUUAAAGAGACUCCACUUCCCCAUGAAUAUUUUCCAUAGUGGAAGUGAUGAGUUUGAGAUUAGGUUUGAUCUUCUGGAUUGUCAUAUUAGCAUCUGUUCUCCACAGGUCGCUGAGCUUUUCACAGACAACUUUGACUACCAGACCAGAAAUGACUUUGUCCGUGGGCUUCUGGUGAAUGAAGAGAUCCUGGGAAACCAGAUCCAUCUGCAUGUCACUAAAGAUGGAUAUGGGGCUCGAGUGUCGAACCUCCUCAUGUACGACACCGUCUCUUCAGACACGAUCCGCCGCUGGAUCUAUCCCAUCACACCCGAGGCCAACUUCUCAGACCAGGAAGGCCAGAGCUGUACUCACUCUCGACAUAAUGUGUACCGAGAGCCGGGGGUCAGUCUGGGUCACGGCAGCCUGAUGGAGGAAAAUGUGCUUAUUGGCCGAAACACAGUGAUCGGAGCGAACUGCACCAUAUCAAACACUGUGAUCGGAGCAAACUGUGUCAUCGGAGACAAUGUGACUCUGGAUAGAGUUUACAUCUGGAACAGAGUCCACAUCGCAGACGAUGUGAAGGUCACACAGUCUGUCAUCUGUGAUAAUGUGGAGGUGAAACACAGAGUCGUUCUGAACGAGCAGUGUGUGCUCGCCUACAAUGUUGUGGUGGGUCCAGACAUUACUCUUCCAGAAGGCACAGUUCUGUCCAUGCACCAUCCAGAUGAAGAGGAUGAUGAAGAUGAGGAUGAGUUCUUGAGCGAUGACAAUGAUGUUGGCCACAGUAAAGACAAAGCCAAACAGAAAGUAUUUAACCCAGCAGAAGUUGGUUCAGAGGGUAAAGGAUACAGAUGGAAGUCCAGCAGUCUUGAUGAAACGGAGGAAGAUGAGCUCGCUGAAUGCAUUUGGGGCCUAGUAUUGAACGCUGACCCUGAGAGUGACAGUGAAAGUGAGGUCAGUGAGGGGUCACAUGACCUGGGAAGCCACCCGGCCUCACCUGAACUGGAUGAUGUCAAAGUGUUUCAGAACGAGGUUCAUGGUACGUUACAGAGAGGGCUGGAUGAGAACAUUACUUGUGACAAUCUGGUUCUUGAGAUCAACUCACUCAAGUACGCCUACAACAUUUCUCUGCAGGAGGUUAUGCAGAUCUUGGUUCGAGUUGUGCUUGAGUUUCCGUUCCAGCAGCAGGGCGCUCAGAUGAGCACAGCUCAGUAUUCAUCACACCUGCUUCCUUUGUUGAAGAAGUGGGCGCCAGUCUUCAAGAACUAUGUGAAGAGACCUCAAGACCAGCUGGACUGUCUUGCUUCCAUGGAGGAGGUUUUCCUUGAGCGUGAAGCUCAUUGGGCAGCUUUGGUCAAAGUGCUGAUGAGCAUGUACCAGCUGGAGAUCUUGGAGGAGGAAGGCAUCAUGCACUGGUUCAAACAGAGCUCCAGCACAGAGAAGAGCCAGCAGCUCCGCAGGAAUCAAGGGCUCUUGAAGUUCAUUCAGUGGCUACAGGAGGCUGAGGAGUCUUCAGAAGGAGAUGAAUGAACAUCAUCCAUCAUCCAUAUGACCAACACACCCGGGACGGUCAUUUAUACACUUUACAAACCAGAAAAAAACACGAAUGUUUGAUUCCUCAUGGUCUGAUGGUCCUGACAUAUGGCUAGACAUAAAGGUGUUGAAAUGGAUA